AUGAUCUGUGGUAUGUUUGGUAUCAUGUGCGCUGGUGGUGUGUACUGUCCAUUAAAUCCAACGGAUCAGCAUGAACGUGUUGCUUCAAUUCUCGAUCAAAUAGGUGGUCAAUAUGUUCUGCUGCAUGGAAUAACUCGUCAUAAGUUUCCGUCAACAGCUGUUCCAUACGUUGUUCGAUUGGAUAAUAUUCUUGUCUCGUCGUUAAGAGUUGAAGAUAUAGAAGAUAUUCCAGAUUGUCGAGAGUAUGGCCCUGCGUACAUUAUUUUUACCUCAGGCGACGCCAUGAAGCACCAAGAAUGGACACAUUUUCUCAAAUUUCUAACUCCGUUCAAUCCUCGAACUAUUUGUUUAUUUGGUCUGUCUGAGUGCCAUGUGCCAAUUGGGUGUCAAAUACAAGAUAUUGAUGGUAUUGACAUACCUAUUGGUUAUCCGUUGCCAGGCAAUCAAUGUUUACUAAUUGGUGAACAAGGUGAUGUGAUUAGUAAUACAAACAAUCACAGUGAUAUCGGUGAAAUUCAUAUUGCAGGAUCAACUCUAUUCAACUGCUAUUUGGAUGAGCCAGAACGUACCACCAACAGAUUUGUCACUAUUCAGAAUCAAGUUUAUUUGAAAACAGGUGACUUAGCUCGAUAUAAUACAAAAGAAGAACUUAUUUAUGUUGGUCGUAUUGAUUUUCAAAUGAAAGUACAUGGCCAACGAGUGGAACCAGCUGAAAUUGAAAAUACUAUUGAAACCUUAAGUCUAAUUAUCGAACUUCAAAUAGGAGUGGCCUCAUUUGCUCAACAACGUCUCUGGAUGGACGAAAAUAUACGUUUCAAUGACUCCUUUAAUGAACAAAUAUCUGCUUAUAAUGAAUUACUUAUCUAUCGGUUAACAUCAACCACUUCGUUAUCAACAGAUCGUCUACGUCAAGCUCUUACAUUUAUUAUUGGUAAACAUGAAAUAUUUCGUACAGCAGUAAUUUAUGAUCAAGACAAACUCAUACAGAAGAUACUUCCGAUAUCAAAUGAUCUGUUCGAUCUAGAAACUACCUGUGUAAUGAAUGAUACUCAUUUGAAACAAAUCGUGUUAAACGAAGAAAUAAACCGAUCUUUGUUCGAUCUUGAGCAAGGUCGAGUGUUUCGAUGUCAUGUUCUUCGUCAAUCAUUUAACAACAACGAUGACAAUAAUUUGAAACAAGACGACAUUAUUCUUUUCAAUUUUCAUCAUAUUGCUAUCGAUGGUAGUUCAAUUAUGAUAUUCAUUAAUGACCUUCGACAAGCUCUUACAAUGCAAGCAUCGUCUAACAACAAUGAAGACAAUAUGACCUAUAUUGACUACGCACAAUAUGAACGAUUAGAAGACUGGUCGAGUGCUCGACAAUAUUGGAAUAACGUCUUAUCAACUUUAAACAAUUCAAUUGAUCAACAAAACUCUUCCAUACGAAGUGGCAAAGGUUGUGCAGUAACAUUCGAUCUUGAUCAUAAUCUUGUUAUUAAUUUGAAUCGUUUUAUUUCUCAAUCAAAUUUGACACUUUUUCAAUCAACUAUUUCCACAAUGUCAAUGCGUUUGAAGAAUAUUUUUGAUCAACUCUUUUCUAUUUCCUCCAUCUAUCAAUUUUCGCUUUUACUUCCACAUGAAGUUGAAUUAAUACGUGAUCUGAACAAUACUUUUGUUGAUUAUUGUCAAAUUGGUUGUAUUCAUUGGGAUUUUGCUUAUCAAGCACAUUUACAUCCUCAAAAAGUAGCUUUAGUUUUAGAAAAUGGAUCGAUGACUUAUGGCGAACUACUCUACUAUGCUCAACAGGUAGCGAAUCAUCUAAUCACUACAUGUACUGUUCAGUCUGGUCAAAUGGUUUGUCAAUUAAUAGAACGAUCUUUCGAAAUGGUAAUUGGAAUGAUCGGUAUUUGGAUGAGUGGUGGUGUUUAUACUCCUUUGAACUUACAUGAUCCUGAUACGCAAUUGAAUGCAUAUAUUCAACAGACUGAUGCUCAUCUCAUUCUUGUCCAUCAACCUACACAUGAUCAACUUCUUUCUCAAUGUUUAUCGAUCAAUACUGAUGAAGUUAUUGGUUUUGCACACAUGAACGAAGAAAUAACAACAUGCAUUGAUUUGGUCAAUGUAACAUCUGAACAUAUCUCACAUAUUAUUUUCACAAAGGAACAUUCUGGCUUACUCAAAGCAGUUCAACUUCGCCAUCGCAAUUUUAUUUCAAGUAUUCGUUCCAUUCAUAUUCAACCGACGGAUACUGUUCUUCAUCAUACAUCAGUUAAUUUUGAUGUUCAUUUAUUAGAAAUUGUCGGAACUCUAAUAAUGGGUGGUCAAGUAAUUCUACUUCAUCCAAAUGGUAAUCUUAGUAUGAAUUUCUUUUCUGAAACAAUUGGUCGUCAACAAGUCACUUUUUUAAAUGUCGUUCCUUCAUUGCUAAGCAUACUCGGCGAUUAUUUACACACUGCAACUAACAAGGAGAGUUUAAAAACACUUCGUUGCGUUUUAUCUGGAGGUAGGAUACAAUACUAAUACCUAUUUCUUAUCCAAUCUAUCAUUUCUCUCAAUAGGAGAACCUUUGAUGACUAAUACUAUGCGCAAUAUUUUGAAUCUUUUAAAUGAGAACUG